UCUCAUGUGACGCACCAGUAGGCUACCGCUGUCAGCAUACCGGUGUCAUCCACCCUUAGACUGGUGUAGUCUCCGGUGCCAGAGUUGACCAUAACCUUACCACAGAAAAUGGCAAAAAAGCGGAGAGAAAGACGAGAAACCGACGGCCUUUCCUCGGCUCAGGAGGAGGUUAAAGGAACCGCUAGCGACUCACAAGUACUCAAAGGUAGGCGCAACAGUGCAGGAGGAAGGCUCCGCACGCAUGUCUUCCUCAUCCUGCUGUCCAUCUUCACCUGUUCUGCCUCAGAGUACCUGGUCUACAGGAACUUUCCAGAGCUUCCAGAUGAUGAAAUGGAGAUCAAGAUACCUAAAGAUAUGGAUGAUGCCAAAAGCCUGGGAACAGUGCUAUCCAAAUACAAAGACACCUACUAUACCCAGGUGUUGGUGGCUUACUUUGCAACAUAUGUUUUCCUUCAAACUUUUGAUCCUGGAUCCAUUUUUCUCAGCAUUCUGUCUGGAUAUCUUUACCCCUUCCCUUUGGCUCUCUUCUUAGUCUGUUUGUGCUCUGGCCUGGGCGCUUCCUUUUGCUACAUGCUGUCUUAUCUGGUGGGCAGACCCAUGGUCUACAAAUAUCUCACCGAGAGAGCUCAGAAAUGGUCCCAGCAGGUGGACAAACACAGGGAUCACUUAAUCAAUUACAUCAUCUUCUUAAGGAUAACCCCUUUUCUUCCUAACUGGUUUAUCAACAUCACGUCUCCUGUAAUAAAUGUGCCUUUGGGGGUCUUUUUCAUUGGUACCGUUUUCGGAGUGGCACCACCAUCUUUCGUAGCUAUCAAUGCUGGCACAACACUGUACAAACUGACCACAGCCGGCGAGGGGUCUUGGAAUUCGCUGGCUGUGCUGGGUAUACUUGCCGUGCUCUCCAUCUUGCCUGUCUGCUUCCAGAAAAACUGCAGAAGAAACUAGAGUAGAGCACAACCACCUCAGCAUCUCAUCUGCUGGCUGAUCCCACAUCCCUUCCCCUCGGCUCAGGAACAUGCAGCUGUCACUCAAGUUGCUUUGCCUCGGUCUCAUUCACAGCUGCUUGUGUUGCUAGUGGCUGAUCACCGGUUAAACAAGUACUAUUGACUACCAAAUGUAUGCAGUGGUGGGUUGUUCCUGAUAUUGAAUCAAGUAUAAACUGCCCCACCGCUUGUAUAUGUUUAUGUUUUCUGUGGUUGUAAAUAAUUUUAUUUUUGAAGGCACUGCUUUUAUGAUUCUUGCCAGUCGAUUAAAGGUGCUACUUGUAGGACAUGAAACACUUUUUUUUUUGUUUUUUUAGUUUUACAACUUCAUAGCCUUUGACAGAAACCAGCACAUCUCAGCUUACUAGAAGCAUGGCUAAUCACCUCCACAGGGGAAAGAGAAAUCCUCAAUCAGUAAACUAUUACACCAAACAUCUGUAACUGUUGCGUAUCCUAUCUAUUCUUUGUUCCUAUUGGUAGCACCUUUAGUUUCACUCCUUUUAACUAUUUAUUUUAAUAUUUUGUGUCUAAUUUGAAUCUAAGGAAGUGUGCCACCACAGCAAUAACUGGGCCACCUUUGUUAAAAUGGAUUUUAUUUUUGAACAAUACAUUUUAAAACCUGGUGGUGCUUGCCUGAGCAAAUGUAUGCUUUGUGUGGGAGGAAAAAUAAUGUGGAAAAGAGAAAUAUCUGAUCUUAAUUAUUGAAGCUUUUUUCCUCACAUAUUCUUUAUGUUCUUCCUUUAACGUUUCCUGGAUUCACUGCCACAUUGUGCUCCCUUUUAUUCUUACCCAUUUCUGUUCAUGUUUGUAGCCUGAUGCAGCUGUUUGCUGCUGUAAUUCAUAAAAAAAUAAGUGGUUUGCUUUCCUUAAGCUGAACUGGAGGAGGCCCUAACUUAAAACAUUAUCUAGUUCAGGACUGGUAUUUUAAUUACUAUUUAUAUGUAGACUGUCAAAACAAGGUGAAGUAACAUGCAUGUAACCCAGAGAGGUUAAUGAAAUGCAGAAUAGAAUCAACUUGGACUGUAAGGACUGCCUCUCCAUCACGGUGAGAUCUGCACAUACUGUACUCUUUGCCAGUAUACAACUGGAUUAUGUUUUCAUGCCAUGGACAAAGCACCAGUGCCCUUGAUAAGACUGCCAACAGACUGUGAGGUAUCCUUUAAGCCUUACCUCGCUUUUACUGCUUCUGUUCUUUGUCAAGAGAAUACAUUAUAAUGCCUGAUUAUGCUGUAGUUUGUGUUCUUAGAAUUGUUUUGGAUUGCUAAAUUUGUCCUGUGCUACAAAAGCUUACGGAACUUCAUUUGGGUAAUGUUAGUGUCUUUUUUUUUUUGCCUGUGUACCAAGAUGUUUUGUUGCUGCUGCUUAACCUUUCUGGAUGGUAACCAGAGAUGAUGCAGUGAAUGUACAUGCAGGUAACAAUAUUAACAGACUUUUCUUUCUUUUUUUUCUUUCUUUCUGUCGGUUAAAAUUGCACAAAUUUACAGGCAAUUGCUCUGGUGUACUGGGAGAUUUCAGUUGUUGCUCAGUUUGAGUUCAAUGUAAUGUCUUAAUACUGGACAGAUUUACUGUGCACUAUGUUACAAUUUGUAACCUCUUAAAACAGCUUUCAACAACUAUAAACAUUGAUUAUGUGUCACCAUGGAGAGUUUUAAGGGAUUGUGACCUUAUUUUUUUUUCUUUCUUUUUUGUGUGAAUUGGGAGUCUGUGGAUUUUACGGCUCAGUGGGGGCUCCAUCCAUACACAAUACAUUGGCAUCUUGUGGCUUCACUAAGUUGGCCAAAAGAAGUGAUUAAAUAUAUGUCCCUCAGCUCUAAUCUUAAAAUGAAAUGCAAUAUGCCAAGAUGUGAAAGAUGAUUUUUUUUUUCUUCAACAUUGCUAAACCAAACUUCAGAAUGGAACAUAAUCAGAUUAUCUCUGGGGUUUGUCCUAAUACCCUCUCAAGCUUGUGGAAUCAUUUUUUGUAACUUUCUCUGUUGACAUCUCAGAAGCAGUAUUAUUUUGCACAGAGAAGUGAUGUAUUGCAGUAUGACAUGUUUACAGAUUGCAUUUUCCUGUCCUAUCUAAUCAACCUUGUUUUAUAUAUAAUUUAUUAAAUCAUUAAAGUUCCUUUCCUUAA